AUCAUGGGGCUGCGAAUGCUAAUUUUUGAAGUGCCAAUCUUGGAAGUUUUAACAGGGUUACAAAAUUGCAUUUUCCCCUUUGCUCCCCUGUUAGUCCCCACCUCUCUAAAAAUUCCAUGGAAGAAAACAAUCCUGUUCAAAGCUCACAGACCCAUUCCACAUCAGCGACGCCCCCCAACACAGAACCAGCGCCACUUCCUCAAACUGCUCCUUCGCCGCCGCCUCCUCCUCAGAACAAUAACAACAACAGCAGCGGCAGCAACAAGAGAAAGCUCGCCGAUGUGGACAUUCACAGCUCUCCUUUCUACAAGAUUUGUGCUCUUGUUCAUGGCCUUCGACCUCAUUUCCUUGAGGUUCUCCGAACACCCGACUUACGAAAUUGCAAAGGAGCUCACGAAAUUCGAAAACAAAUGAAGCUUGUGAUGGACUUGUACAAGCAGAUGACAUUUGGGGCAGAUUCAGUAGUGGGUUCAAAAAAUGGGCCAGAACCAUUGUCAGGUGAAGAUGCGCUUGGGAAACAAUCCGGGGAUGGAGAUGAAGAGGGAGAAAAAGUGGAGCAGCUUCAACCAAAGAGGGUUCCAGAAAAGUUGGCAGGAAAGAAGCCCCCAACGUGCAACUCAGAGAAGAAAGCGGAGGAUGGGCAGAUCCAGGGAAGCUAUGUUGUAGGUGGGUCAGUUUUUGGUUGGAACUUCAUCACAUUUGGAGGCACUAAACCAGUUUAUUAUGGAGUAACAAAGGAGUUAUAUCGUAGUAACCAUCCCAAAGUAGAAAUCGUUAAUAUGCCCACUUGCAAUGCUGAUAUUUCCAAUGACAGUAAGUCACCAGUCGUAACAUAGAGUGAAUAUGUGUGGAGACACCAAGAAGUGUUCAUAGUAGGUACACUUUUGUGUUGCCUUUGAAGUGGGAUGUUUUUAGAUUUCACAUACAUUUAUUCUAUCUCACAGGGUCAUACUUGCAGCAAUCUGUUAGUAAAAUCUCCAGUUCUAAUCCCAGACAAUUGGAUAAA